CGGAGGCCAACGGCCAGACCAAACGCCUCAACCAGAUACUAGAAACCAACCUCCGGUGCCUGGUGUCCCAGAAUCCCUCUACAUGGAGCAAACACCUGGUCUGGACAAUGAGCCGGAAGUAUCGGUCCCCUCGGCACAUGCUCUGGUCCGACGUUGCCGACGCAUCUGGGCAGCUGCUCGUCUGGUGCUGAUCCGACAGAGAGAUCGGAUAAAGAAGACUGCAGAUCGCAAGAGGAGACCCGCUCCGGCAUACCAGCCAGGGCAUAGAGUUUGGCUCUCGACCAAGGACAUGCGACUCAAGGUACCCUCCAAGAAAUUAGCACCCCGAUUCAUAGGUCCAUACCCUAUCACCAGAGUCAUCGGACCCUCUGCUGUACGACUCCGUCUGCCCCGGUCCCUACGAGUAUACCCAACCUUCCACGUCAGCCGAGUGAAACCGGUUAAAGUAAGCCCGUUGGUUCCAGCCACCACGUCCCCUCCGCCACCCGAGAUGAUUGAGGGCGGUCCUGUUUACAAAGUAAAGAAGUUGUUAGCAGUUCGCAGCAGGGGCCGGGGCAGACAGUAUCUGGUGGACUGGGAAGGGUAUGGACCGGAAGAGAGACAGUGGGUGCCUUCUCGACACAUUGUGGACUCCACCCUCAUUGAGGACUUCCAUAAAGACCAUCCCGGACAGCCUGGGCCGUCAGGUGUCGGCCCUAAAGGGAGGGGUACUGUCACACCGCGAUCACGGGCCCUUCCUCUUGUGUCACCAGUCUGACGUCAUCCCUGACCCUUGAUUGUUUCUACCUGUUUCCCAUUACCCUCAUGUUCCAUAUAAGCCCAUCCCUCCCCUUGUUCUGUGCCGGAUUGUCUCGAUCCUUCGUGCCUGUCUUGCAUCCAAGCUCAUGUUCUUGUCUUGCCUCGUCCCACGACCACGUUUGUUAAUCUAGCAUUUGUCUAGCUGUAAUUUUGAGUUUAACUUUUUCCUCCC